GAGCUUUUCUUCCUUUAAUAUGAAUAUAUUUUGAAUCAUUCGAUCAUAUCCCAUAUUUGGAGUAUUUAUGGCCAAUUAUUUUAAGAUCAUUCUGAAGAUUUGCGUUGCCUCUGUGAAUCUAGUGAUAUGUCAUAGGAAGAACCCAUUUGCUUCUGUCCCUAUUAUGGGUUCAUCUCAGAAGUCCUUGCAAACCCUAGCUCAAGAAAACCAUUUUUCUGUUGAUCAUAUAAAAACCUGACUCCUAUUUUUAUUGUCAAUAUUAAAUUUUGUUAGUAAGGAACAAAAGUUUUGAAAGAGACAUUCUUUUUAUUUUUUAGAAUUAAAUAUAGAUAAUACGCGAUUUGGCUAAUUACUUGGUUCUCUAUGCAUAGAAUCAGUAUAUUCAAGUUCUAAUUGCAAUCUUGAAAAUUAACCACAAAGUAAUUCCUGGAGAGAAAAAAGCAAAGAAAUGUUGGGUGGUCUAUAUGGAGAUCUCCCUCCCCCUUCUUCAACACCUUCAGCUGAUGAAGAGAAGAGCAGUAGUUCAGCUGUUUGGUCGAGUAGUACCAAAAUGGCACCACCUACACUGCGGAAGCCAUCUUCCGUGUUUGCUCCCCCUCAGACUGUGUUGAAGAGCCAGCAAUCCCAAAGCAGGGCUAAAACCUCGAUCACACCCCAGAUAAAAACCCCGAGUUCUUCAACCCCUCCACCAUCAUUGUCGGAUAAUGACAAAAGCCCAUCAUUUCAACCGGCUCUUGUAGGGCUCACAUCUACUGUGAUUGAGGAGUAUGAUCCUGCUAGGCCAAAUGAUUACGAGGAGUACAGGAUGGAGAAGAAGAGGCAGGCUAUGGAAGCGGAGAUGAAGAGGGAACUUGAGAGGAGGCGCCGGGAAGAGGAGGAGAGGGAAAGGGAGAGGGAACAAAGGGAACAGGAGGCUGCAGAGAGAGAGGAGAGAGAUUAUCAGUCUAGGUCUUCAUCAUUAAAUAUUUCUGGCGAAGAGGCAUGGAAAAGGCGUGCUGCCAUGAGUGGGAUGGGUGGUGUUGGCCCAAGGUCACCUUCUCCACCACCAAAUGGAGAGGGAUUCAGCAUUGGGAAGUCACGUUCAGCUGGGUUGGGUGUUGGUGCAGGUGGGCAGAUGACUGCUGCCCAAAGGAUGAUGGCAAAGAUGGGCUGGAAAAAAGGCCAGGGACUUGGGAAACAAGAGCAAGGUAUUACCACUCCUUUGAUAGCCAAGAAGACCGAUAGACGAGCUGGGGUGAUUGUGAAUGCUAGUGAGACUAAAGGUGAUAAGAAAUUAAAGAGUGCGAAUUUUACCAGCCCUCCAACUCGAGUCUUACUACUCCAAAACUUGGUAAUUGAGCUUUUCUUCCUUUAAUAUGAAUAUAUUUUGAAUCAUUCGAUCAUAUCCCAUAUUUGGAGUAUUUAUGGCCAAUUAUUUUAAGAUCAUUCUGAAGAUUUGCGUUGCCUCUGUGAAUCUAGUGAUAUGUCAUAGGAAGAACCCAUUUGCUUCUGUCCCUAUUAUGGGUUCAUCUCAGAAGUCCUUGCAAACCCUAGCUCAAGAAAACCAUUUUUCUGUUGAUCAUAUAAAAACCUGACUCCUAUUUUUAUUGUCAAUAUUAAAUUUUGUUAGUAAGGAACAAAAGUUUUGAAAGAGACAUUC